AUGUUUUUGAAACGUUCCCGUGAGAUGUGGCGGUGCGUGGACAGUGGGUGCGGAGAUUCACGCACGGUGCCCUGUGCCCGCGGCAAGCACUCGGCCACGCUGCUGGGCGGGCAUGUGUACGUGCUGGGCGGCCGCGGGGCGGGUGGCGCCGUGCCGCUCAAGGACUUCUGGAGGUUUUCUCUAGCCACAGGUGAAUGGGAACGUCUCGAGAGCCGAGGGGACGUGCCGCCUUCACUACAGGAGCACACCGCCACUGCGCACGAGAACAAGCUCUAUGUGUUUGGAGGCGAAGCAGGCUCCUCGUCGCACGAGACUCCACUGUGGAUAUACGACACUGAGUUGCAAGUAUGGCGUAAGGUGCCCGGGAAUCCAAGGCCUGCACACGCGCGGCGGUCUGGCAGCGCGGGGGAGCGGGGCGAGGUGUCGCCCAGCGGGCGCCGCGGCCACUCGGCGCACUCACUGCGUGACUGCCUGCUGCUCUACGGCGGCUAUAUGGACCUGCGAGGCUCCACUAAUGAAUUAUGGGCUUUCCAUUACGAGUCGGAGUCGUGGCGGCUGGUGCGGGGGGCGCGCGCGGGCCCGGCGCGGCACCGGCACGCGGCCGCGCUGCUUGCCGCGCGCCUCUACGUGCACGGCGGCCAGUGCGACCUGCGCGACUGCGCUGACCUCUGGCACUACGACAUCGCGACGGAGACGUGGGAACGCAUCAACCAAAGCAUAAAGUGGCCGUCGGCGCGAGUGGACGGACGUGUACUGCUGGUGGGUGGCGAGGGCGGCGUGCGGCCUGCCCUACAAGUGCCCGCCCGCCCCCGCCCAGAACCGCCCACAGGCUUUCUGCGUGAGAUCUCCAAGCUCUCCUCCUUCCACAGGCGCAGAGGUGCGCGCUGCUCCUACACCGUCCUCGCCGGGGAACAGGACUCCACCGAGAGCCUCGUCCGCUCCGAACAGCCCUCCCUAUCUAAGUCAAGAUCCGCCUAUGUAAUCGACGAACGCCAGCCGGCAGACGGCGGCGAGAGUCCCGUAGAAGGCGACGAGGCCGAACGAUACAGAUCGAUGUCGCGGGAACCUAUCUCCGUACCCGACUUCGCUGACAUGGUUCUACCGACGCCGGUUUUAUCCCAAACAGAAGCCACGAAACUCGUGUACUUGGAUACGGAGGAAGAGGAAGAAAUGAAAAGGGAGAUUUCACAAAACGGUCACAAAAAAGAUUUAAAAGACGAGACUCCGAAGGUGAAAAUUGUAGCGCUUCCAAAAUCGGCAUCGGUGAGAUUUAUGAAGGAGCCGGUCACCGAUAUUACGGAAGACGAGGCUGAAUUAUCGACGUCAGACUACGCGAGCGCUGAGAAAGUUAACAGACUUUCCGGAGCGUCAUCCUUAGGUUUUAGCAACCCCCACUACUUGGGUCCAGACGUAAGAAACUUGGGAAUAGCUAUGACCCCAGAUUCCGGUGUUGGUCCGGGCGACAUCGAGCUCCAAGAUUUGGGUGAGAGACGUGCCAGAAGCGAGCCGAGAAAUGGCGAAACACAAUUAUACUUAUUACUUGUAGGCGGUAAGGAGCCACCCCACUUGGCAUUGCUCCAGAGUCCACUGUCCAUGUGGACCUAUCGGUUGUUGUGA